AUGACUGCAGUUAAGCCAGUAGCAACACCAAUAGAUGCCAACAUCAAGCUCACAUCAAAACUCUAUGAUGACCAUGUGAACCAAAAGCAAGAAGAGCCACAUGAUUCUCUAAUAGAUCAGGCAGCUUAUCAAAAACUCAUAGGUAAACUGCUGUACCUCAGUAUGACAAGGCCAGAUAUAGCCUUCAGUACUCAAACAUUAAGCCAGUUCUUGAACCAGCCAAAGAAGUUCCACAUGGAGGCAGCCCUAAGAGUAGUCAAGUAUUUGAAGAGACAACCUGGACAAGGCAUUCUGCUAUCCAAUAAAUCAGACAACCAAAUUACAGUCUUUUGUGAUGCAGAUUGGGCAGCAUGUGCACUCACCAGAAAAUCAGUCACAGGCUACUUAAUCAAGAUGGGAAAAUCACUAAUAUCUUGGAAAGCCAAGAAACAAACCACAGUGUCUAGAAGUUCAGCCGAGGCUGAAUAUAGAAGCAUGGCUUCUACUGUUUCAGAACUUAUGUGGCUGCUGGGAAUGUUGAAGUAA